UAUAUUCGUACCACGUCGUCGUAGAUAGUCAUGAGCUCCACAGCUCCCGCCAGCACAAGCGUGCCUUCCAGCACAGCCUCGCCCGGCAGCUCCACAAACAACGGCAAUGGCAGUGCACCCUUGAGCGUAUUUCACCUCGUUCUGCGGCAAGAAAGCAAUGGCAACGGUGCUUCGGCAACUGCCAUGCCGCCGCCUCCUCCCCCUCCGGCUGAGUCAGGUGCCUCGACAAGCUCAAUGGGCAGAGCAGGCGGCGGUGGAGGCGGUGGCGGAGGGGGAGGCGGCGCAAACAACGGAGCGCCAGCCAUUCCUUACCCAUUUCUUUCUUUUGCCCUCGCAGCCAUUGCACUCUUCGUUGUGGUGCUGUCCUUCAUCCUCGUGCGGAUCUGCUUGAGGAAUAGGAGGAUGAGAAGAUACGGCAUCCCUCCAGGGGACAAUGCACUGGAUCGAUUCCUGACCGGACAAGGUACCAUGGGUUUCAGAGGUCUCGGUGGUGAGGUCGAAGACACCGUUGUGCCGCCAAAGCUCUGGGAAGCCAAGGUUGUGCCACAAAAGACGGAUAUGAGCGAGAAGGGUGGAUGGCAGAACUUGAUGCCCGUUGCAGCUUCGCUUCCUACAGCUCUUUACAACACGACCGGAGCGGCAAGUCUUCGGAAAGAUGAUGAGAAGGACAAGGAUAAGAACAAGGACAAGGAAGCAGCAGCAGCUCUAGAUGGAGAUGCUCGCAUCUCGGGCUCUGUAAAUGUGUCGGUCCUCAUUGCUAUGCCAUCACCUCCCAAGGGCGAUGGUGAGGAGCUUCCAGAGCUCAUGCUUGGCACAGCUGCUGUUCCCAUUUAUACGCGCACCUCACGCACACCAGCAGCACCGGCAGCAGCAUCUUCGGCUGCCGGCACGAGCUACUUCCAUCCUUCACACGCCAAUACUGCACCCGCUACAAGUCAUCCAACUCGAGCUCAGCUACUGAGUCUAUACAAGGCAGCGCAGGACGCCAAGGAGGGCAGGAAGGAGCGAGCAGCAGCAGUUGCGCAGCAGCAAGGGGAGAAACGAGCCGCAGAGGAGACACAGCAGCAAUCAGACGAGGCUAGCGCCCCUGCUGCUGCUGCUUCGAGGAGCAGACCGACGCCCAUUGGCAGUGAGGAUGCGGACGCUGUCCGCGCCGCCAGUCCUACAAUGACGGCCGAUACGAUCACGACUGCCGGGGAAGAGGCAACACCGGCUACAGCGGCGGCAGCGGCGACUGCGCCGGCGGUGGAUUCAAAUUCGUCGAUACCGGCACUGGCACCGGCACUUGUGAUGCCCAAUACGGACACAUCUACGACUCGGACGACGGGUCGGACCCCUCUCGCCGCCUGA